CAAGACGUGUCCUGCAAAAUGCGACGAGAUGAAAGCUAACGCUGGCUAUCGUUUCCAAACCCCAGCCCUCGCCACCUCUCCGCUUCCUUAGCUCUCCCCCAAAAGUCUCUCCCACGCAGUCAACUCGUCCGUGAGUCCGGCAGAAACAGUCUUUUAUUGUGACAGAGACUUCCGCCGCAGUGAGAAUGGAUUGAGGUGCGGGAGCUAGCGUUGGCCGGCCAGCCAUGGAGGGAGCUAGAGGAGCCUGUGACUUUGUGUUGUCAGCCUCUAGUCCGUCAAAUGACUUGGUUUAAGUUCUUCGCCGUCCAAAACGACUCAGUCCACGCAUGUAAUUCUCCUUAAAGUGCGCCAGUGCUAUGCUGCGCACACGCCCUGAAUAUGUCAGCUGUCCCGCACACACCGCAUAUACCCAGCUGGCUGUCAUUACAUAGAUCCCUUUCUGCUCUGGAGCUCACCUUGCAGCCAAACAACCAGCCUAGACUGGUCUCUCGUAUACUGAAGUAAAAUUAGAUCAUUUUAAAUAUAUAAAAAAAAAAAAAAAAAAUAGACCUUAGAUUCACUUUGGUGUUAGAUUUGAUCAUCAGCCACUUAGAAGAUUGAGAUUAAACUUUGUGGAAGUUGCAGUAGACUAGUAGGUGAUCCCUGCCCAGUUGUAUGGGAAACGGUGCCGGCUGUAGCAGGGCUGUUGUAGGUCAACGAUGGGAGGCUCUGUGUCUUGCUGCAUCUCCCCGGGGGAGAGUCCCAAGGUCCACAGGAGAGAGGUGGAGCUGGAGGAGUGUCCCAUCACCACCACCGAGGACGUGAGCGAAGACACCGGGACCUACCUGCAGCACAUCAGCGACAGGGAGCUCCCCGACGAACUGGCCCAAGAAGCCAACCCGUCAGACCACCCCAGAGCCAGCACCCUCUUCCUCAACAAGUCACAGACGGACGUGCGUGAGAAAAGGAAAAGCAACUACUUGAAUCAUAUGUCCCCGGGGCUCCUGACAAAAAAGUACAGUUCCUGCUCGACGAUAUUCCUCGACGACAGCACGGUCAGCCAGCCCAACCUCAAGAGCACGAUCAAGUGCGUCGCAUUGGCCAUAUACUAUCACAUAAAAAACAGAGACUCAAACCGCUCGCUGGAUAUAUUCGAUGAGAAGAAGCACCCUCUAACGCGAGAAAAGGUCCCAGAUGACUACUCGGUGGUAGACCCGGAACACAAGCUCAUCUACCGCUUCAUACGAACGCUCUUCAGCUCCGCGCAGCUCACUGCUGAGUGCGCCAUCGUCACUCUGGUCUACCUGGAAAGGCUGUUGACGUACGCUGAGAUGGACAUCUGCCCUUGUAACUGGAAGCGGAUCGUUCUUGGCGCCAUCCUGCUGGCCUCCAAGGUCUGGGAUGACCAGGCCGUGUGGAAUGUGGACUACUGCCAGAUCCUCAAAGAUAUCACAGUGGAGGAUAUGAACGAGAUGGAGCGUCACUUCCUGGAGCUGCUCCAGUUCAACAUCAACGUGCCGGCCAGCGUUUACGCCAAGUAUUACUUCGACCUGCGCUCGCUGGCUGAUGACAACAACCUCGGUUUCCCUCUGGAGCCGCUGAGCAACAAGCGGGCCCAGAAGCUGGAGGCCAUCUCCAGGCUGUGCGAGGACAAGUACAAGGACCUGAGUAAAGCUGCUAUGAGGAGGUCUAUCAGUGCAGACAACCUGGUUGGCAUCAAGAACUCCCAGGCUGUGCUGUCUUAGGCUUUGCGACAGCCAUCUUAGAUCCAGCGAGGAGGCUUAGAGUGAAGCUACAGUCAAAUAACAUUUGCCAAGAGACAUUUCCAAAGUAGAUUAAUAUCAGUGAAGUUCCAUUGCAAAAUGUUAAAUAUCAACUUUGGAAUAGCAUAAGUUUACCAUACAAUAUCUCUAAAAUACAAUGAAUCCAGUCUCUAUGUGUUCAUUACAAAGUACUUAAGCUAUCUGCGUUUACAGCAUGGUAAUUUGAUGAAAUAUUUUGCAGAUUGUCACUUUUUUUUCUCUCCAAAUGGUGGAUGUGUAACCUUGGAAGGAAUCUGCAUGAAAAUGCUUCCUGAAGUCAAACAAACUGAGGACCUCAACAUCUUCUCCUUCUUCUUCUUCUUCUUCUUCUUCAUUUUUUACAUCAGCAGAUCUUUCGGGGAGUAAUUUCUCUGGCUUCGGCCCUCGUCUCUCCACCAGCUGUGUCCCCACUCCUUUAUUCACAUGAUUACAAACUGUCUUGAACUACCCUGUGGUGUAGUUCUGCACAUGGACAAAGACUAGACUUUGUUUUGCUUACUAUGUAGGCCCCUAUAGCUGUGAAAUGUACGAGACUUUAUUUAAUUCAAAUAAAUUUCAGUGGCUGUUUAAAGUUGAGGCUGCUUAGGUGGGAAAA